CAGCUGUAGGGUAACAGAACGCAAAGGGUGAAGUGUACAGGGUGAUCAUGAUGUGAGCCAUAUCGAUAUAUUGACGUGUGAUCAUGAUACAUUCUCUUGAUUCUGUAUGACCCGGGUGGUAUGUACAUAAAUUUUUUGAAUAGUGCGCACAUGCUCGCUAGACAGGGUCGAGCUCUUUGUUGUCGAGCUUGAUGAUAUCAACCACUGUGGCCAUGAUGAAGAUAUACCGGCUGCCAAGUCCACAUCAUGUCAUGAUGAGAAUUCGAUGGGCAUCAUACCGAUGAUCGGAAAUUCGUGGGAAUAAACAUCAUAAGAUUCAUCGCCAUGAUUACUUCCUAUAUUGUCCGUCAUCAUCAACUGAUUCGCGUGCGGACACGGGAUGGAACCCCGCGAUUCGUGCAAAAACGACACUUUAAGCUUCAUGAUCUGUCACUGUGGUUUACGUUAUGCCACACAUCAACCGGGCCGGAAGAUUCGAGCCACAUGAAGCUUAUAGAAAAGCGCCGCUAUAGAUUAUGGGGUGAUUAAAGUGCGGCACCAGCUGCAACUCUACUCUAGCAUUAUGAGAACACUCGUCACUCGCACGCCUACAACGCACAAGCAACUCAAUUUCUUGAAGCCUGCGGGGUUCAAAACGAGGAAACUGUUUGUACUGUCCUACAGUGGAGAAUAUAAUCCGCCAUGGGCUUUGUUGCUUUCAACAACUUACCAGCCGAGAUUCGGUCUAUGGUCUGGGCAUACGCCCUACCAGAGCCUCGAGUAUACGAGAUUCUUGACACGCCAUUUUCAACGCUCAAGACCCCGGCCUCUACAGGGCUCAUGUUCUCUAGCAGCUCGCAUGAUGCGCCCCCUGUACUGGCAGCCGUAUGCAGAGAGUCCCGUGCCUUCGUGCUUCGUCGCUACCGGCCACUAACACUCUCCGACACAAUCAAGUACAUCGACCCAAGCCGAGAUAUAAUUCUGCUUCAGCCUUACCUCUUGAUCAAAAGGCUAUUGAGAACUCUGCAUUCUCUCGCAGAGGUGGACUUCAUGAAGAGAGACCUGCGCCAAGUGGCAUUUGGGACAUCCUAUGGAUUCAGCACUGGUAUCUACCACCCCAUACUAAGCGGCAAAGUAUCCAAAAACAACAUGAAAACGCUUGUGAAAAAGCUCGCAAGGUUCUCCAAAUUAGGGAAAGUUUUAUUUGUUGUUCAUGAGGAAUUCAAGUGUGUCAUCUCAAAACCCCACAGAGCGGAGUCACAACUUGAGCUGCAGCUUUUAUCCAGCAGCUUUGUGAAGUCCCAAGAAGAUGACCAGUCACGGACUGCUUGGCAUUUUCGUCGGAACGAGAUACUAUAUUAUCCUCUUCACUUUGAAGAAGAGGUUGAAGAGGACGAGCCUGACAUAGAAAAGUCUGUGUUAGAUGGUGAGGAUGACGACGUGGAGCUGAACCGCAAGCCGACGAACGAUGAUUGGAGACGAUUCAAAAGACGAUUCCUGAAAGCUGUACAUUCAACACUGAUGAGAGGGCUACUAGAAAAGCCAAGACGAGAGCACCUUCCUUUCCUGAUCGAAGGCGCAAGUCUCCUAUGGAGAUAUGAAGCAUCAUAAACGGAAUUUCCCAGCGCCACAGGAUCAUCACCAGGAUAUUACGACUCAAGCGUUGGAGUUGCGCCCGUUGUAACGACGUUAAAUGCCGAUCAUUUGGGCUAUUUGAGUCUGGAUUCAAGGGACCAGUCGUUGUGUUGACACUAUCUGGAGCACUGCCAUCUUGGGUGCUUCGAUUUGUGUGUGUGUGUGUGUGUGUGUGUGUGUGCGGAACAACACAUCAACUAAUGACGGCAGAUCUCCGCACCUACAGACGCGUUCUCGGCCGGGCUCUGCAGUGAUGUGAGGCAUCCCUAACCUCUUGUGGUCCCAGUACGCGCGCCCUGCAUUGGCGUCAAGGCUGCCAUGAGUUAAAAGAGCCUCUGGCAAGUUCCGAGCGAAAAGCUUGGUAUUCGGUAGUGGUUGUUGGUGGCGCCCGGCAUACGGAUGCACAGACUAGCGGUUCAAUUAUGAGAAUUGUCUGAGUGUAUGGCGUUUUCGAGAAGGGACUGUCCCUAUUGUGGAAGUUUUGAGAGGACAUACAAAACAAGUUUGUCUCGUUUCCCCUCGGUAGAUGUUCUCCCACAUCCUGAUCGGGAGUUCACAGCAAAUAUGAUUGGCUGAGCUACGAAUGCACUAUCUUUUUGCAUGCAUUGCUUCAUGAAUUGCCAAUAACAGUUAAGGCGCAAGACGCUGCUGGGACCAUGUAGUAGAGUUUCUACGCAUGAAACAUGCUGGCACUUGCUCUAUGAAAUGAAACAUCUUCUGCUCACACUUCUGAGGCAUUCAAUGCAUAAUAGCCAGAGAACUCUCGUUGAAUUUCGAUCCCUGGAUAUUUUCUAGAAGAGGACCCUUGAAGAACAAGGACAAACUUUGAUGGCCAGCGAAGCUAGCUGGCAUUGGCAUUCGGUAAGGUCACCGAGCUGGGACUUGACCCCUGUCGAAGCGCUUGACUUCAAUUGGAUCA